AUUUACAUUACUAUAAUAUUAUUCUUUGACCAGGCUGACAAAUAGUUUUCAAAAUGGAAGUUAGCAUUCAACAAUUGCGAAGUGAGAUUGCCCAGCUUAGCAAGGCAAUGCUUCAGAUGACAGAAUAUGCACAUGGCAUUACUAAACACCUGGCAAUGCAGGAUGAAAAAUUGGACAAUCUUGCACUUUGCAUCAAUCUUCUUUUGCCAAAGGAGAAACAGGAACGAAAAGUUUCCUUUGUACCUUCAAUGCCAACCGUAUCUUCCUCGCCAUCUUUAGCAACGAUUUCCGGUAACGAAAAAUUCGUUGGCAACUUAGUCACAUGUAAGAGUUCUCCCUCAAUUGCUGAAGAUGCGGAAAAAGAAACUGCAAAAACAAAAUCUGCAGAAGAUGAUGCAACAGCCUUCAGCAAAGUGAGAUUGGAAAAGAAAAGCAAACAUUCCAAGCUUCGUACUGAGCGCCAUAUCAAACGUAAAGCUGAGAGAUCUCUAGCCAACAAAACGAAAGAAUCAAAAGGCUUGCCAUCAAAAAAGAUGUCAUGCGAAAGCGGGGUGUUUUCCGCUGAUGAUUUGAUAACCGAUGACAUUUCGGAUGAAGUUAUUUACGAAUCAGCGUUAUCUGAUAAUGAGAUCAACAAAGGUCUGGAAAUAACAGUCACCGUCGACAGCGAGUCUAGCAUCGCUGCAUCUGCUGCAUUCACCGAAUCCCAUGAUGCGUUAAACGAAAGUGGCGGAGAUCACGAAACAUCGGACUCGAGUCCUAAGUCAUCGGACAUAAACCAGACUGCCGCUCAAAACCGCAUUCCGGAGACACCCAACACAGUUGUCAUUGUGGACGAAAACAUAACAGAAACCGAGCAGGCACGUACAGUUACAGAUACGCAUUGUGACGUCAAAAUACACGUCGCAGAUACCCAGCUACACAGUGGCGCCCAGGAUGAUAAGGCAGAUGGUAAAAACAAUCUCACUCUGAGCCCGGACCAUACUCUUGCACAAGGCAGAAGGGCGUCGUAUGCAGGUCUUACAGUAAAGCAAAAGCAGGCAAUAGGAGCACCAAGUACAAACGCAGAAAACAUGACACCGGCACAUAUGGAAAAUGUUGAGCGACCUCGCUGUUCAUCAAGCUGUGAAUUUCGCACCGACACCCCUAAAAGUGAUGCUGGUGACGUAUGUGCGGACCGAAGGUUAUUCGAAGUUAAGAGGCAGUUUUCCAAUACAAGCACAGAGAGCGCACCUGGUGGAAUACACCUUACCAUUCCUUCAAUGCGUGUUUCAGACUCUGAAGACGACGAAGUUGAAAUCAAACUGCCAAGUCCCCCAGCCCCGAAGUUUAACCAUCGAGUGGUUAAUGUUAAAAGCUCAACGUAUAAGCAUUUUUACGAACUCAAGGAACCGAUUGGAGGCGGUCGAUUUGGUCGGGUAUACCGAUGUGUUGAAAAGAAAACAGGAAUGCAACUCGCAGCGAAGUGCUUUCAAUGUAAGAAGCAAAUAAAAACGAGCUUGAGCAAAGCGAACUCACUCAAAAAAGCAAAACUACAUCUUAAAACGAAACGUACGGAACAGGAACCUGUUGGAAAGGAAGACGUAUUGACAGAGAUCGCUAUCAUGAACCAAAUCGAUCACGAAAAUAUCGUGAAACUUUAUGAUGCCUAUGAAAACGACAACCAGAUGACCCUAAUUAUCGAAUAUAUGGGCGGUGGGGAAUUGUUCGAGCGUGUCAUUUUGGACCAAUCACAGCUCACUGAGCUGGAUGCAAUUUUAUUCAUGAGGCAAAUUUCGAAAGCGGUUCAAUACCUGCAUAAAAAUCUUAUCCUACAUUUGGAUUUAAAGCCCGAAAAUAUAUUAUGUUUGGACCGAUCUACUCAUCAUUUAAAAAUCAUUGACUUUGGACUAGCCAGAAAAUACAAUCCACGGCAAAAGUUGAUGGUACAGUGGGGAACCCCUGAGUUUAUGGCGCCUGAGAUACUUAACUAUGAAUCUGUGAGCUCAGCAACCGAUAUGUGGAGUGUCGGUGUAAUCUGUUAUAUUUUACUAAGCGGUAUUUCCCCCUUCCUUGGCGACACUGAUGGAGAAACGAUGGAAAAUAUCAUGGACAUUGCGUGGGAGUUUGAAGAAGAACAUUUCGAUGACGUGUCAGCCGAUGCGAAAGAUUUUAUUUCUCGAUUGCUCGUGGAAGAAAAAAGUGGACGUCUGAGUGCAGCACAGUGUUUACGUCAUAAGUGGCUGUCGACACCUCUGACAAGCAAACGCAGAAAGGCCUUGAUGAAUAAAAAACAACUCAAGAACUUUAUGGCGCGAAUACAUUGGAAGGCGAGCAUUGCAGCUGUCACCGCGGCUAAUUGGUUGAGACAGCAAAUCGUUACGACAGACCAAUCCUCAAGCGACGCGACGGAAGUUUGAUGGUGACGUAACAAAGGUGAUUCACGAUCGAGGAAAAGCUUACUGUUGUUCAUCAAUAACAAAAGCUUCGGAAUGAGACCAAGGCGUUGUAGAGACUGCUGUUUACCUCUUCGUAAUAAAAGGCGCCAGCGUUGGACUCCAAAACAUAUUGCAUAUAGAUUGCUAUGAACAUUGUAUUUAAUAUAACCAAAUGCGAAAGAUACAUAGAAUCAUGUACUUGCAUGCAGUUACGAAAUAAAUUGUGCCCCGAAUUUUAUGAUGACACGAUUGUUUUGAUUCGUUUAAUAUAAUCGCAAAACACAA